UCUGAAGGUGCUUUAUUAGGAGAAUAUAGUGGGUACAGUAGAACUUCCCUGGUGAGCUCUUGAAUAAGCAGUUUUGAUCAAAUAAGCAAUGUGCAGUUAAAAGAAAAGUACUUCCCAGAGUUGAAGUUGCAGUAAAAGACUUGUAGGAACUUUAAGAAAAUGCCAAAAAAGAAGAAGAAACGGGAGAAAGUGGAUGAUGGGUUAACACUAGCCCAGAGAAUAGAGUUGAAGAAAAAACAGAAAGAAGAAAAUCCUCCAGUUAAAGAGGAAGCUAAGCCAGAGGUUGCUAGCACCAGUGCUGCAGAGGGAAAAGAGGAAAAGGAUGAUGGCAACAAAUCUCAACCAAUAAAUGAUGACAGUCCAGCUAAAGAAGACCAAACAAAUAAGCAAGAAGAAGAGAAAAUGCCACAACAAAACCUAGAAGCAAACAGAAACAGAUCUGUUGAUGCAAGUCACUUACAGAUGUACCAAGAACAAGUUCAGAACCCAUUUUGCAAGCAAAAAUCUAUAAGAAAUGAAGACCAGAAAAAUGUCUAUUUUGAUAUUCCUCAAAAAUCAAGCAACAAGAAAUCUGACUUUUCAUAUGGUUAUCUACCACAAACUAUUUGUCUACCAGAACAGACUUACACGGCUAGAAGAGCUUACCAAGUAUUUUGUCAAUAUCAUACAUAUAUUGAUUCAAUAAGUCAGUUUGUGGAGAAUAACCUUAAAAAUAUAAUUGUUAUGAACUCACAAAGAUACAGUGAAGACAACCAAUGUCUUAUAGAACAAGGAGAAGAUUUCAAUAAACUCCGAUCACUUCAAACAUAUUUGCUAAGUGAAUCAAUGCAAAUGGAAAUGGAUAGAUUUCUGGCUGACCUCUGACAGAAUGUAACUUUGACACUGAAAUAUAUAACUAUGACCACUAUAUUUUUAGAAAAUUUAAAAAGAACAUAGAUGCAGUGAGCUGGCGGCAUUUCGCAUCUUUACAUUCGGAGUUCAAAAUCCACUGAGGUUGGCUUUGCCUUUCAUCCUUUUGGGGUCAAUAAAAUAAAUACCAGUUGAGUACUGGUUUUAGUCAGACAAAUGGACCCUAGUACUUAUUCGAUCAGUCUCUUUUGGAGAACUGCUAAUGAGGUUGUAAACAACCAACAUCAGUUAUUAAGUGGUGGUGGGGCAAACACAAAUACAAAGACACACACAUAUACAUCUUUCCUUCUAUAUAGACAUAUAUGUUUGUAUACAAUGGGCUUCUUUCAGUUUCCAUCUACAAAUCCACUCACAAAACUUUGAUCAGCCUAGGACUAUAGCAGAAGACACUUUCCCAAGGUGCAAUACAGUGAGACUGAACCAGGAACCACAGUUAGGAAGCAAGCUUCUUAGCACAUGAUCAUGCCUGUGCCUCAGAUCAAUUUGAUCCAGAUGCAAUAUUGAUUUAAAAUUUAGGGACAAGGUCAGUAUUUUCAAGGGAGGGUGAAAGUCAAUUAGAUUGACCCCAGUGCUCAACUGGUACUUAUUUUAUCGAUCCUAAAAGGAUAAAAGGCACAGUCAAUCUUGGCAGAAUUUGAACUCAGAAUUUGAAAUGCUACUAAGCAUUUUUCCCAGCAUGCGAAUGAUUCUGCCAGCUUACCCCCUUAGAAACAUCUGCAAUAUUAAACAAACUAGUGUGUAAUUAUUAGUCUGUGAUAACAAUGCUUUCUGGUAAUUAUCAAUUUCCCCCAACAUUAUUGAUAUUCACAAGCAGUGAUCUCAAAUAAUUAACACUAAUGUGUGUGUGUGUGUGUGAGUCUAUUAUUUUAACAUGACACUCCCAUAUUGGUAUCGGACUAUUUGGAAUAUGAAAUGAAGUAGAAGGAAUAGGUUGGUGGUUUCCUAGACAUCCCUUUGGUUACAUCUUUGCAACUGGCUCAGAAGAUAGACUCAGUAAAUGGCAACCUGAAAAUACAUUACAGGGUCCUUUUGUAUGCAUGUAAGCUAAGUUCCACUGGUUAAAAGUGAUUCAAGGCAAUGAAAAUGUAGAUAAGAGAAAAUAAGACAAGGAUGUAUCAAAUAAUAACAAAUAAGAAUUUAUUUGAAGAAAUUUCAAUAUUUUAAAUGUGAAAACAGAAAAAUUAUAAGAGUAAAUUUAAAUAAUUUUUAGUCUUGGUAAUCAUUAAAUUUCAAUAA